AUGCGUGGCGGCCCAGCGCGCAAGAAAGUCAGAAUUGGCGAUAAUGCUACCGUCAUCGGUGAUGAUGACAACAAUAAUUACAGCAAUCAUGAGGCGUCACGCGCAAGCACGCCCGCGAGUACGGGAAGACAGAGACGCUCGACGAGCAAUGAGAAUCCGCAGUAUAACUUCACGAGGCAGAAGGCUGUGGCGAAUCUUGGUGGCGAUGCACCUGCUGCGCUGAGGCCCCAGGCCAGCAGGGCUAAGACGGCGGCGGCGGCUGCUGCUGCUGGCAAGACGGAUGGUGUGAAGAGACGGGGAAGAUCGCCAAAGAAGACUGGGGCGGAUGAGGGAGGGGAGGUGGAGCUUGAUGGUGAUGAGGAGACGCCUGUGAAGAAGGGUGCUGAGGGUGGUAGGAAGGGGAUUCUGAAGAACAAGAAUCCGAACAGUGCUGUGGUGGCUGAGCCUGCUGCUGAGGCUGAGGCUGAAGUCAAGGCUGCGGCUCCGGCGAAGAAAGGGCGUGGUCGACCUAAGCAAGUCGGAAAUGCCACUGUCGAUGACCGAGAGCCGCUUAAGAAGGUUCAGAAGGGUCGUGGUCGGCAGCCGAAGACGAAGAAGGCGGACGAGGUUGAUGGGCUUACCGAUGAGGAGGCUCUGCAUAAGAGUUCUCUGCUUCACGAGUCUGUCGAUCCUGAGAUUCAGUAUUGGCUUAUGAAAGCUGAGCCUGACUCACGCAUGGAAAAGGGGGUCGAUGUCAAGUUUAGCAUCGAUGACCUGGCCGCGAAGACUGAGCCUGAAGGCUGGGACGGUGUCCGCAACCCCGUCGCCCGCAACAACAUGCGUGCUAUGCGGGUCAAUGACCUUGCAUUCUUCUAUCACUCCAACUGCAAGAAACCCGCCAUUGUUGGUGUUAUGCGUAUCGUUGAAGAGCACUCGAUCGACGAGUCCGCCUUCGAUCCUGACCAUCCAUACUACGACCCCAAAUCCGACCGUGCGAAGCCCAAGUGGGAGCUCGUCAAAGUCGACUUCGUCAAGAAGUUCGAGAACGAAAUCGGCCUGAAGGAGCUACGCACCUUCGCCAGUCCAGGUGGUGCGUUGGAGAACAUGCAGAUGCUCAAGCAAAGCCGUCUCAGCGUCAGCAGCGUGAGCCCGGCCGAGUGGCGCUUCAUUCUCGAGCAGUUGGGUGAACCCAUCGGCCUGGGUCAGCCGUCCAAGAGCGGUGGCUAUGAGGGCGAUACUGACGGAGAAGUCGAGGCGCAGGAGCUGGAGGAUGGUAAGGCGCCAGCUAGUAGCUUUGAGACGCCGGUCAAUCGUGUCAAUGGUGUGGAGGAUGAGAGCAGUGAUGGCGACCUGAACGCGGACGCGGACGGCCAUCUCGAGAUGGCGAGAAAGCAGCUGCAGUACACCACUGUGUCGCUUGGUGAGAGUGUCGAGGCAGGGGAUCUGAGCUGA